AUGGAUGUGAAAAGUGCGUUCCUAAAUGGGGUUUUACAGGAGGAGGUAUAUGUAGAACAACCUGUAGGAUUCAAAGAUCCUUACAAUCAUGAUCAUGUAUAUCGUCUUAGAAAAGCUCUCUAUGGGCUGAAGCAAGCUCCUAGGGCUUGGUAUGAUCGGUUGUCAUUCCAUUUGCUGAAUAAAGGGUAUGUCAGAGGAGCUGUUGACAAAACUCUGUUUGUCAAAAACACCAACAAAGACUUGAUUGUUGCUCAGGUUUAUGUCGACGAUAUUGUUUUUGGGUCUACAUCUGAAUUUCUUGUAAAAGAAUUUACUGAAGUUAUGAGCAGCGAAUUUGAGAUGAGUAUGUGUAGGGAGCUAAGCUAUUUCCUAGGCCUGCAAGUCAAGCAACAAGAUCAUGGUAUCUUCAUUUCUCAAACCAAGUAUGCAAAAGACUUGGUAAAAAAGUUUGGUAUGAGUUCUGCCAAACCAACAAGGAAUCCCAUGGCUACACACAACAAAAUUGAUGCUGACCCUUCUGGAAAAUGUGUAGAACAAACACUUUACAGAAGCAUGAUUAGAAGCCUCUUAUAUUUAACAGCCAGUCGACCCGACAUCUCAUUCAGUGUUGGUGUGUGCGCUCGCUUUCAGGCAAAUCCAAAGGAGUCUUACUUGAAUGCAGUCAAGAGAAUCAUCAGAUAUGUAAGUGGUACUCCAACUUUAGGUUACACCGAUGCCGAUUGGGCUGGAAACGUUGAUGAUAGGAAGAGCACAUCUGGAGGGUGCUUUUAUAUAGCCGAAGCGGAAUACAUUGCUGCUAGAAGUUGUUGCACACAACUACUAUGGAUGAAGCAAAUGAUGAGUGAUUACGGCAUUCAGCAAGGUACUUCAACUCUUUUUUGUGAUAAUCUGAGUACAAUAAAUAUUUCCAAAAAUCCGGUUCAACACUCACGAACAAAACACAUAGAUAUUAGGCAUCAUUUUAUUCGUGAAUUGGUUGAAGAAAAGGUGAUAUCUUUGGAGCUUGACUCAGGUUAUCCCAAAGUAGCCGGACCUUUUACCUAA